UUAUCCGGACUUUUCUUUCCUCUGUUUCCAAGUUUAUCAUAAAGCAUAUAUCUUUGAGUUUCCAUUGUUUUUGUGGUGUGUUUAGGUUGAGAUUUGAAGGUGUGAAUAGCUGCAUGUUUGAUUGGCUGUUAAGACAGAAACUGAUAUUAAAAGGGUAGUACUGUUUGGAUGAUAUAAGAAUAAGAAUGGAGUCUUUUUCUUUCAACCAACAAAGCAACCAUGGGAUUAUGGAUGAAUUAGAAGAAGGUAAUGGUAAUGGAGUUGAUCAUUCAAUUUCAUCAUCUUCUUCCUCUGAGGUUUCAAGUAGUAGUAUUGCAUCUUCUUCUUCUUCGGAGUCCGAUUUAAUGGAAGAAACAACUUCCUCUGCAUCUUCUUCACCCCCUUUGCCAUCUGUGGCUUCUGGCCAACUGGAAAAUGGCCCAUUGCAUGACAUGUCUUCUCUUAUGCCACAAUUACCCUUCAAGAGAGGGUUGUCAAAGCACUUUCAGGGGAAGUCACAGUCAUUCACUUCUUUGGCAAAUGUGAGGUGCUUGGAGGAUCUUGCAAAAUCAGAGAACCCUUACAAUAAGAGGUUAAAGACUUGCAAAAGCUAUGGAGGGUUAUUAGACAGCCACAGAUCAUCAAGUCACCUUCACCUUUCUAGGACUACUUCCUCCUCAAGGUUCAUCCCAAAAGGGGCAUCAUCUUCAUCUUCAUCUAGGGGUUCCUUUUCUUCUCUCACUGCAAAGAGGCCUCCUCUCAUUCCUCCUCAUAGAUCUACUAGCACAAGUAGCAUUUCUAAUCAAACACCUUUGUUUGCUUGAUAUGUAAUUUGGGAAUUUUAGAUGAUCAGUAAUCUAUGUGAUGUAAUCAACAAAUUGGUUUCAACAUCUAGCAAGGGCAGAUUAGACAUGAGUUGUUGCAUAUGCUUGCAGUGACCCUUUUAUUUAUUUAUUUUAAUUUUAAAUUCAAACUAAGUGGUCUGGAAUAUUUA